UCUGCCCCGGUGCCCGCCCCUCUCCCGGCCGAUGGCUCAGACUCAUGCCGCCGCUGGGGGAGCUUCGUCACUCCGCUCUGAAGAUGGCCGUGGUGGAGCGCACCCCGGUCAGAGAAGGAGUCCGGAUCGUGUGUCUGUGCUUCUGCUGGUACACGGUCAGCUCCGGGGGGAACGUCAUCAACAAGAUCAUCCUGAAUGGCUUCCCGUACCCGGUCACGGUGUCUCUGUUCCAUAUCCUCUCUAUCGUGGUGUUUCUGCCGCCGCUAUUGCGAGCAUGGGGAGUCCCGAAGACAGAAGUGCCGAACAGGUACUACCGCUGGUAUCUGCUACCUCUCGCCUUCGGGAAAUACUUCGCCUCGGUGUCGGCCCACUUCAGCAUCUGGAAGGUGCCGGUGUCGUACGCGCACACGGUCAAAGCCACCAUGCCCAUCUGGGUGGUGCUCUUAUCAAGGAUCAUCAUGCGGGAGAAGCAGACCACAAAGGUAUACGUGUCCCUGAUUCCCAUCAUCGGAGGAGUGCUGCUGGCCACAGUCACAGAGCUGUCCUUUGACGUGUCUGGCCUCAUCAGUGCCCUGGCUGCUACACUCUGCUUCUCUCUGCAGAACAUCUUCUCCAAAAAGGUGCUGCGUGACACCCGGAUCCACCACUUGCGCCUGCUCAACGUGCUGGGCUUUAAUGCCAUCAUCUUCAUGCUGCCCACUUGGAUAUUGGUCGACCUGGCGUCCUUCCUUGUCGACGCAGACCUUUCAGAUAUGUCGAGCUGGACCAGCACCUUCCUGCUUCUCCUGGUCAGUGGCUUCUGUAACUUUGCCCAGAACGUGAUCGCAUUCAGUGUGUUGAACCUGGUUAGCCCACUGAGCUACGCUGUGGCUAACGCUACCAAGAGGAUCAUGGUCAUCAGCAUCUCCCUGCUCAUGCUGAGGAACCCCGUCACCCUCACCAACGUCCUGGGCAUGAUGACCGCCAUUGUGGGGGUCUUCCUCUACAACAAGGCCAAAUACGACGCCAACAAGGAGAAGAAGCUGCUUCCCUCCUCCAAGUCGGACUUGGUGUUCUACGACAGCUCUGGCCUCUCCCACUCCCAGUCCAAUGGCUCGGGCCCCCUGUCCUCUCCCCUGGCGCCUCUGUCUCCCCCCCUGCAGCACAGCCAGUGGAGUGGCCUGCCCGACCACUUCCAGUACAGCCGGCAGACCUACACGACAAACUACAGCAGUGGGGGCCCCCAGUACGUGGUCUGAGGGAGCAUAGGAACCCUGGAGCCUGCUCUAAUGGGGAAAAAUAGGAACCUCCAUGGCCCUGGUCUGAGGAGCACAGACUGAAGGCAAGUGCAGCCCAGAGACACUUCACCAGGCCAACACUGUACAACCUAUUUAUUAGCUACAGAGUUCCCACACUCUCUGGAAAUCAUUAUAGUUUUCUGGUACUUGAAAAUAAAAAAUUUAAUUGGGGAAGCGUUCCAUAUCCUGGGUAAGACCCGGGAUACGGUAGAGGGACUAUGUCUCUGUCUCACGGCUAGUCUGGAAACAUCUUGGAAUAAAUCGUGAAAUUACAACAAUCACAACAUCUAUUGUUGACAAAUACUGUUAUUUGAUUUAAACCUACAGUUAAAUAAUGUACCAUUGAAUAUUGCUUCUCUUGUAUGUGAAGUUGAACGAAAAGCCAAACCUAAAUUUAAAAGAUACAAAUUGUUGUGAGUUUAUCCUUUGAUGGAAAGCUACAACUCCAAAAGCGUGGGAACCCUGUCCCCUGUACCACCUGUGUGACAAAUCCAAACACAUUUUGUACGAAAAGAUAUUUUUAUGUUGUUCAUUUGAAUGUAGAAAAUAUAAUUUUUAAUGACUGUUUUCAAGGUGACAUGAUGGUAGUGUGAAUUGUAAGCCUCUUACUCAACUCCUCUGAAAUACUGUAUCUGCAGCAAGUCCCCCAUAAAAAACAACCAUCCUAAUCUGCAGUUGUUAAAGGUGCACUAUGUAUAUUUUCUGGAGGAGAGUAUGCCACUUGCUUGUCUCCUUAGAGAUGACGUUCCUUUGCCUAGAAUGUUUCACAGUAUGGCAUUAUUUUUCAUUUAUUCAGUCCAAGUGAUUUUAUAGCUCAAAAACCUUGCAACACAUGCAAUUUUACUGUGAGUUGGGCCAUCUCUCCAGAGAUCUGACCUGUAGCUUGGCUUGAUGGCAUCGACUGCUUGUCUCCAUGGAGAAAAUCAAGUUUAAUCUCAGACUGUGGAACAAUUCAUAAUAAUAAUAAUAAUGGCUUACACUUGUAAUGCGCUUUUUCAAAGCCUCUCAAAGCGCUAAAUCCAGCGCUUCAUAGCGUAAGUAGUAAUAUAGUGCACCUUUUAAAAUAAGUCAAAAUUCAUUUUAUGGGGGAAAUUGAGAAAUUAAAGCAAAUGUCCUUAAUAAAAAAGAAUUAACAAUGCCAGUUAAGUUAAAGACAAACAUUCAAACUGCUCUCUUGUGGUCAGUCUCCUGUGCAGAGGAGUUGAGAAUAGUGAGGUAAGGGUAGACAUUUUGGCCCUUUACCACUAGUACCACUGCUAUUAGGCUCCUCUCACCUUGGCCCUUCCAACUUUGAGCCUACUCCACUCUGGGCUAACACCGGGAAGGUGUAGAGUAGGUUUACCUGUAUUCCCACGGUACCAAGUGAACUGAGCAGAUACUAAAAUGUACCAUAUCAAUUUGUGUCAGUAGAAGUCAAAGUUGUGAAGAACCCUCUGAAUCAUGCCCGGUGCUGCACUUAAAAGGGAUAACUCAAUGAUCUAACCAUGUAUCUGUAUUUAGGCAAGUAAUUGAUAAAUGGAGUCUUAGACGACCACAUGUUUAUUAGUUGACUAAUAAAUUUGUGAGCUUUCCCAGUGCCAUGCCCCUUUUGGUUAAUUAAUCGAUGCAUCAGCAUUAGGGAUGAAUAAUUUGGAAAAAAUGAAUUCAAAUUUUUUUUUCUUUUUUUUUAGAAAUACAAAAAAUGACAAUUGUGAUUACUUCUGCAAACAAUAUGUUUUAAUGCCCCCCUCUAAAAAGAAAUGAUGCAUCUAAAGGGGCAAUCCUUAAUAAACUCGUAUUAAUAAUAAGUUUGUGUUCAAAGUUCACAUUUUAAAGGCAUUCAGAAGAAUUGAUAAAAAUACUGAAAUAUGAGCUGACAAACUAAUACCAGAAUCACAUUUCAGAACAUCUUUGUACAGAUCUAAACUACACGGUUAGCAGUAUUUGGGAUAUUUUGUUGUCUGUGGGGCUAAUUAUGGUACUUCUAAAACUGUGGCCUUUGCAAUUUGCCAAUUGCCUCCAUCCCAAAACUCCAGCAAACUCACUUCAUCCCUUGGGAAACAAAAGUUACAAAUGUUCUAUGAAUCCCAGGUGACUGCCAUAUAGCAGUGCUGAAAGCACUGAGUGAUUCCAUGUCUAAAGGGAGUCGUUCAGCACUUACAACACUGCUCUCUGGUGGUCAGUAGAGAUGAAAAAAGAACCUCCAGUUCAGAGCAGAGUAGUGCUGGGUCCAAGCGAGCCGAGCCGUGCUGAGAAGGUACUAGGUUAAAGGGUCACUGUAGCACUAGGACUACACUCAGGCAAUACUCCUGUGUGUAGUCUGCACAUAGCCUUCUGAACAUACAUCUGUGUUGUAAAUAGCUAACCUACAAAAACUGUAGGACUAUUUUGUUACCUGCUUAAGGAAGCCUCAUUAGGACAAACUUCAGUGACAGGAUCUCAAAGCUUCAAAUAUAUACAUAUAAUGUAGUGAGACGUUCUGUUAUCGAGAACAGUCUAUGACCUAUUAGUUACAGUGUACAUUCAAUGUCAGUGUACAUUAAAAUUGUAAAAUAUUUAUGCAAAUCUCUCCCAGCUCCUUUUUGGGGUUAGCGUGUAUAGUAUCACUGGAAGUGUAAGAUCUUGUUUGCUCAAAUGAAAUUAGUUUUAAUUCAAAUGAAAUAAUUGAUUUAAAUGUAUUUUUAAAUGAAUUAUUUAUUGUGAGAGAGCACCAAAGACAGAGUUUGCACAUGUUCAUGUUCUGAUUCUGGGUCCUCUUAAGUAUUUAGUACUUUUAUAGUGUUUAGACCGGUAACAAUUGAUACUUUGCAGUGACAUUGUGGCCUAUGGUAGAUUGUUUAAAAUUCAAGAAAAACAACAUUAAAUCAUUGAGCUUGUGGUCAAUGUGUUUAGGUCUUUGAUUUUCAACAAAAAGGUGAUAGUGACUCACUGAAAAACAUUUGGCUAAUGCUAUCUAACUUGUGACUGUGAUGUUAUUUGAGGGAGACUUGUUUAACAGCACGAAUCAGCUCACCUGUUAUAGUUAAAACUAAAGAAAAUUUUAUGGUCAGAUUGUGUUAAAACAAAGCGCAGACUAAAGUCUAACUUGAAUCAGAGUUUCAGACAGAGCAGUACCUCUAGUUCACACUCCCAGAGAAUGUUUGUGACUUCAGCUGCAAAUCAACAAUAGGGUUCAUUGGUUUAAAGUGCAUUUGACAAGUCUUACCUUUUUUUCAUUUUUGUGUUUAUAAUUUUACUUCCUGGUUGGACAUGAACAGCGCAUGUAGAGAUUAUUCCAUAACUAUUGCCUAACAACCAUAAUGUCUACAAGGGCCAAAACUUGUCUUAAUUCCACAAUACUUCGAUUAGACUAAUAAAAAUAAAUGUGUAUAAAACCAAAUGUAUAUUGUUAAAUAAAAAAAUGCCCUCCUUGUGCUUAAAUUGUCUCUGCAUUUUGGAUGGAAUUUGACUUACCUUUUGCCAUCAACACAGUUUUAUUACUCUACUUCCUUAUUCUUCCUGUAUUUUUUUUGACUUUUUUUCAACUUUUUCCCACAAACUGAUGUAAAACUGAGAAAUAUUUACCACAGAUACUAUCCCACCACCCAAUUCAUAAUUAGAAAAACAUAAAAAUCUGUCAAAUGCACUUUAAUAUAUGGAAAUUGAUACUUAACAUUUGCAUGCUUCAGGAGAGGAUGUACAGGGUUAAGCAGUUGCCUAUGAGCCGGAGGAUUCUUAGUUGGAAUCUUACUCCAGACUUUUGUUGUUUCUAUUGGUAGGGCACUCUUUUCUUAGUAUGUGCCCAGAAUCUUGUAGAUGAACAGUAUAAUUAGUAUUUGUACCAGUAAUACACAGCAUAUUAACAACCUGUCCAUAUCAUUCAGAGGGUAGAAAUGUACUGAAAAAUGUAUCAUAUGGAAAUAGAUUUUCAGGAGAAGCGUGAAAUUAAAACAUCAAGUAUAUUGUCUACAAACUAAGGCUGAAAAAAGCAGAUUUUAAAAUGUAUUACAACAAAUUUGUAAUGUAAUCUUCCAAGCAAGGGUACAGUGCCAUAACAUCAUCUGAUCAGUGUUUGGUAUUGGCACUUAAAGAUGCCGUACUUCUAGUCUGGAUUUUUACGAGUGUGAUACUGUGAAAUGUUAAAGAGGGGGUAUUAUGCAAAUGGAAUUUUGUCACCACCUUCCUUGUCAAAAACAUGCCCAGAGAGGUUUUAGAUGUCGUCUAUACAUGUUUGAAUAAUUUACUGAUCUCUCCUGACACUACUCGAACCCUCCUUGUAGCAGCCCACAAGCGUACGUCAGCCAUGCUCACACACGACAAUUCUCUAGAAAUAUAGAAAAGCAUGAUCCAAAACAAUGUACUGUAACUUCACAAACCUGAUGCAAUGAGCAUCAUUGUUUGAUUAGCAGGGUGCAUGCUCAUUGUGUUGUGAUAGUGCUCUGAAAGGAAACUAAAUGAAACUUGUUAAUAUAUUUUCACUGAAUAAUAAAGCAUUUUCAAAAGAAUAAAAGGAAACAUGGUGAGCUUAAUAUGUUAUGAGUUACCAAUUAAUACCCCACAGAAGUGUAAUACUCCCUCUUUAAGGUGAAGAUACACUUUACUGUCUAAAUUUCCCUAUGGGGACAAUAGAGUAAGGUGACAUACUCUGCUCUGUUCUGAGGCCGUGGAUCUGCUGAAGUUACUGUGUCGAACUUGUAUAGCUGAAUGAUUUUAUUUUUGUGUGUUUAAAGAAGACAGGUUUCUAGAUUUUAAUUUAAGGUUUACUGUAAUGGAACGUCAAUUUAGCAAAUAUUUUUAAAUGUGGGGAGAAAUAAAUGCAUUGU